AACCACAACAAUUUUUGAAAUCAAAACCAAAACAAAAAAAACAAUUGCGAAAAAAAAACCACAAAAUUUUUGACAACAACUACAACAACUAGCACCAGAACGUUCCCUGAGUAACGCAUCGCUAGAAGAUGUUUUAGCCUCCCUUUUAGGACUAACCCCACAUCCACAACAACAACAACACCACCACCUUCAGCAACAACUGCAACAGCAGCAACAACAGCCACAACAGAUUAUUGGAGGCAAUCACCAGCCACCAGGUUCAUCCUCAUUAGCCAGUGACGCAUUUGCUAGGUCCAGCACAGGUAUGCACCUGCGGCGCUACAGUUAAUGAUCAUAAACAAUAUAUGACCCAAAAACUGCAACAACAACAACAAGGUCAGCAACAACAACAACAAGAUUCAAACUCCACUUUAUUGGAUAUCUCCAAGGAGGACCAACAACGUUUGCGGCGCCGCAGUGAAGGAGAUGCGCCAACGAAGCAGCAAAAGCAACAACAACAGCUGCAGCAACAACAGCAGCAGCAGCAGCAUCAUCAACACCAACUCGAGCAGAAGUUCCAACAUCAGACUCCAAAUGCCAAUAAGGCAUAUGCCAGUGAUACUAUCACCACCCUCACCCACACCCAUACGUCGGCGGCUGGGGGAAAUGCAGCUGCAGCAGCAGCAAAUGGCAGCCUCUCCACGUUCCUGCCACCCCGGCGCGUUUCGCUCGGUGACUCCUCAGAGUCGAAUAAUCGCAGCGCAGCCACCGCCAACACCGCCUCUGGUGAGCUGCAGGUCAAGUGCCGAAAUACGAAGUGCGAUCGCACUGCCACGCCCCUCGACGCCAAAAAGUAUUACAAGUCAUGCCACAAUUGUACCUAUCUAUAUUGUUCGCGUGAAUGUCGCCGAGCCCAUUGGGAGAAGCAUCGUAAAGCGUGUCUCCACUCCCGUGUCUCAAAUCUGUGCCGCCAAGUGUUAGCCUCCUGCAAGGAUGACAGCGAUUCGCUGCGCCAUUUGAGUCUGUUGGCGCGCAAAGGCUUCCUGUCGCAGGGUCGGGGUGUGGUGCGUAUUCUCUUUCGUUCGCCCGAAUCGGCUGAGGGUUUCAUCAAGAACGGUUUCCAGUGUAUGGGUGAGGCCUCGUAUGUCCGUUGGCCGGAUCUGAUGCCGGCCGAAAUGGGCCUGGAGCUGUAUUCGGAGUUGCUGAAACUCAGCACAGAAUAUAGGCCCGAUUCCAAGAUGCUGGUCUAUGUGGCGGUAUGUGUGGUCUCGGAGGCGCCCAGUGUCGGCCAGGCUCCGGUGCGCUGGGAACGCCAAUUGGUUUCACGUUGUGCCAAAUUGAAGCUAUGCAAAACAGUGCUCGCCGAACUGGAACACCAACCCAUGGGGGUGUUGCAACAGCCCGUAACCAUGGUUGCGGUGCCUGAACCCACAACUGAAGUCCUCAUCCUAACCUUUAACCCCCAGCUGCGUAACUCCACAGCCCAACGGGAAAUGGUCCUUUCCAACAUCCUAGACAUCCUCUCGAGACGUGGUGUCAUUUUGCGUAAACACUACCCGGAAAUAUUUCAACGUUUCCAAUCCUACACCGAGGGUCAGACGGAAAAAAUCAAUCCGGUCACGUUGCAUCCCCGCGAUUCGCAGACGGGCCAGAACUUUGUGUGCAUUAUAAUGCCAGUGCAAUCGGAUACGGAAAUCAUAAAGCUACCCUCAAUGGCAGAUGGUGGCAAUCGGGUGACGACCAUUGAUGUCGGCUCACCCACGGCCAUUAGCCAAUUGGAGGAUAAUGAAAUGUUGACACGUACCAGUAUGGCGCCCAAUGCAAGUUGAUUAAAAUCAUCACAACGUAGUCAUGGUCAUAGGAAAACUAGCUCAAAUGGUAGUAGUGGUGGUGGCGGCGGACACGCUAAUCGCAGUCGUAACUCUUCACCGCAAAUGAUUUCUUCCAUAGCGGGAAUAGUUGUGGUGGGUACAUCAACGGAGAGCAUUAGUUUGGAGAGCACAAGGAUGUGAGGUGCAACAGCAGGGAUAUUUGAGAGGGGGGAAGAAAAUGGG